CUCGGGCGAGUUGUGUAACUACGAGUACAAUGAAUGCGAUUCAAAUCCAUGUUUGAAUGAUGGCCAAUGUACCGACCAUAUUGGUGGAUUUUCAUGCAAAUGUACACGCGGAUAUUCGGGAAAGCGAUGCCACAUUAAAGUUGAUUUUUGCGCAAAUAAUCCAUGUCCUGAGGGCCAUCAGUGCAAUGAUCAUGGCAACGACUUUUCAUGUGAAUGUCCCGAAGGAAGAAGCGGCCUUGAUUGCAGCCAAUUUCCACGAACGAAAUGCAACGUUAAUCCGUGUGCAAACGGCGGCACUUGCUGGACCAGCGAAGACUCAUUCAAUUGUGCAUGUCGUGCAGGUUUCACGGGCAAAAUGUGUGAAGAUGAAUUUAUUGUCGAUGGUGUAGUGAAUACAAACGAAGUAUUAUCAGAUGUGGAUGUAGCAGCAGUGGCAGCGGAAACGACCCACGCACGACCUUUUGGUGAAUCAAGCUUCAGUUCAGUCAUCUCAAAGGGUGGCUCCAUUGGUUUGCACAACGCAUACAUUGCAGUUGGAACAUUUGCAACAUCCAUUUUCAUUGUUGCCAUUGUGGUAAUUGCAUGCCAUUGUAAAUACCAUAAAUCGUAUCGUCGGUUCACAACGCGACAGCAUCAAUUGAUACCGAUAUUCGGUUUUGGUCGUCGUGCAAAACAACAAUUGAAUAAUCCACGUCAUUGGCUCAGUGGCAAAGGACAUUUAUCAUCAUCGUCGACAUCGAAUAAAACGGCCAGUACAACGGCAUUGAAUCAACCGAAUUCGACAAAUGGCAACGGAACAAAUGCGUCCAAUUAUCAUCAUCCGCCACCAUUGAGUCAGCAAGUACCGCGUUUUCAGCGACAUUUAGCCAUGAACCUCGAAAAUGAUAUGUAUUACACAGUUGACUUUAGUGAUUCACAGCAUUCGCCGUUGAUCCAUUAAAAAUUAUAAAUUGUUCGUUUUUUUUUUCUCUCAAUGGAAUAAAUUUUGGUUUUUCGGAUGUGUACCCACACACACUUACACCGAAUUGCAUGGCCAAAUUUAAAUUAAUAUUUUGAUUAUAUUUACACAACAAUGAUCGUUUAGUGGUUUAAAAUAUGACUAUUUAAUGCUGAUUAUGUCUCUGUCUCUCAUUUGCAAAAUCUAUUUUUAAUUCUCUGAUAAUCCAACCGCCAACAAAACAAAUACAAUCGCAUAUAUGGUAUAUUUCUAUCAGUUAGACAACCAUAAAAACUAUAAUUAAUUAGGUAAAAAGAGUAAUAAACUGAAAUUGUUGUUUUUUUUUACCCGCCACAAAAAAAACCACCACAUAAACAUGCACAAAUAACGUUUACCAUUUACAUGUUUAAUAUUCGUGAGAUCUAUUCGAAUUUAAAUGCAUUAAUUAAUUACAACUAUAAUAAUUGGGAAAAAUCAAUGAUGCUGUUUCUCUAAUAUAAUUCAAGUCCUCUGUUUCAAACCCACAAUAUAAAAAAUCUUUAGUUGUU